ACUGUAAAUUAAUUACACCUUUGUAACGCAAGAACUAUUCGUGAAGUUGAAGUUAAUUGUAUUGUGCAGCUUAAAAAAUAUUUAUUUGACAUUUUAUUAUAGUUCAAUAAAAAUAAUAAUGCAUCCAAUUUUAAAAUAAGCUGACUGGGAAUCAAUUUAGUUUAAUUAGUCUUAAUUAAUUCUUCUUUGUUUACCAAUCUGUUCUCGAUUUGUUCUUGGAAUUUCAAUGUCUGACAAUUCAGAUUCAGAUGGGGACGAUAUGUACGGACCUGCCCUCCCACCUCACCUGCAGAAAAGGUCAAUUGACCCUGAACCAGUUAAAAAAGACAGUACUACUGAACCUGAACAGAGAUUACCCAGCGGUAUAUCUUUGGCACCCUCUUCUGCGUUACCAUCCAUUGGUCCAACUUUACCACCUGGUUUCAAAUUGCCAUCCACUGACGAUGACCAGAACAAUGUGACCAACGAUGGUUCUUCAUCGUCUUCCGCUGGUGACGACCAAUGUUCAGAUUCUGACGAUGAUGUGAUUGGUCCUCUUCCACCUGACCAUCCGCUCGCCCUUGCACGGGCGGAUGCAUUCGCCUCUGCGUCGAAACCUGUUGGCGAUGACAAACCCAAGAAGAAGCUCCAACGAGAGGAAUGGAUGUUAAUACCACCAUCUAAUAAGCCAGUCACGGAACUCGGACUUGGCCCAAGAAAAUUCUUACAGAGAGCUCCUGAAAAACCUGUCAAGGACAAUGGAGAACCAAUGGAUUCAGACGAAGAAUUGGAAAGGGAGACCAGAGCCGCCAUGGAUCAAAAACUAAUAGACGAUUACGACAAGAAAAUGGAAGCUAUGAUUGAGAAAACUGGUGAAAAGAAGCGAAAGUCUGAAUCCCUACUUGAACAGCAUCAAAGGGAAUUAAAGAAGAAAUCAAAAAAGGAGGCUGUGGAAGAUAAAAAGAGGAAGCCCUUCGACAGAAAUACUGAUCUUGCAGUUAGUGGUUUGUCCAGAGAAGAUUCAAAAAAAUAUAUUGAAAAGACUAAAGAACUUGGGGGACGAUUUGCUAAGGGAAGGCAAAAAUUCCUAUAAUUAGUGUUCAACGAUUAGACCAGAGAAAUCAUCCAAACUUUGCUAAGAGUAUAUUAGUCUAUAGUUUUUGUUGGUUUCUAAUGAUUGACUUUAUACGAGCCAAUUUUCCACAUAAUGUAAAUGUAAUAAAUACUUUGUAUGUACAAAAAAUAAAUAACAAGCGAACCAAUAACAA